AUGUCACAAGUUACAUACGUGGAACUGGUCGAUCUGUACGAGCAAAACUAUCAGUACAAUUGCGCCCAGGCGGCAAUAAUCGCUGUCCUCAUGUAUGAAUACGCCAUUACGUUGCGAGACGAGGUCAGUUUGGUAUGGAGAAGCAAGGCGACGUCAACGGUUAUCUUCUAUCUCAACCGCCUGGUCAUGAUCGGCUUGGUGGUGGCGUACAUGCUAGAUAUGUUCACGUGGACGACGGACGUAGGACGGCGAAAAAGGGAACUCGUAACAUACGCGGAGUGGGCAGUCCUAUCGGCAUUGCGCGUCUACGUUGUCAAUACCAGUAGCUGGGUAGCCACAGCGGCGACCUUGGCUUUCGCUCUAGUUCCGGUGGCAUACAAUAUCGUCAUACCGGGACUGGCGGUAUGCGACGAGGUGGCCAAAUAUUCAGUCUCAACUGCGCGCAAGUAA